CUUUUAUUGAGACAUUUCAACCAAAAAGCGUUCAUUUCUUACAGUUAUUCAAACCAUCGCUUUUCGAUUCACUUCUCUAUUCAUAUAACCAUUGAUUUGAAUACUAAUCCAGUUUUGGUUGGCAUUGCAUUCACCGCUCAAUCCAUUCAUUGAACCCAAAGUCGUCUUUUGAUUGCCUUUUGAAGGACGAGAUGAGCGACGAAGUGAACCAAAACGAGUUGUCGCCCGAAGAGUUGAGACGAAAACGAUUGGCGCGUUUGGAUGGCUCGCAAUCAGCCGAUCCGUUGAGUCCACACAUCUCUGGCAUCAAUGAGAACGAAGACACGACAACCAAUCAAUGCAUCGAUGACUCCGUUAUUCUUCCAAAGACUGGAUCUCAAGAGAACUCUGAAGACAUAAAGUGUAGUGAAGACGAGAAUGCGUUAAAUAAAUGCGCAAACAAUGAGAAUGUAAUGAAAAUACCGUCCAAUCCAUUGAAAGACAUCGAAAACAAAAGCGGAUUAUUGUCUGAGAACUCGAUCUCCGGUUCGGAGUCGUACUCGAAGUUAAUGGAAGUGGACGUGGAUUGCGAUGACAUGAAGGCUGACAUCAAUCACAUGCAAAUCGACGACAACGAGAAGAGAGAGUCAUUGAAGCGUCCGCUCGAACACAACGACUUGAUCGAGACGUUAACGGCUCAUGUGGUGAGCGAUCAUUUGGUCCCAUUAGCGCCUUCUUUGGAUCAGUUAAGGCUAACUAUGAUUUCUCGUGUAUUGGCUGUGAAUUGGCAACAAAACGAAGAGACAAACGAUAUGUUUGUUAUAGAAUUGGAUAAAUCGAUAGACGAAACAAAUGUCGCAAAUUUGGUUCAAACUAUUUUAAUGGAAGUGAUUUCCCAAAUGAUUAACUCUUGUGAUUACGAAAGCGCUCUCAAAAUAUACAACGCUUUAAAGGGACAAAGAAGUAGCGCUCAAAACGGAGUGAUUGCCGAUCAUAACUAUCAUAACUACUCAUUAUAUGUGAAACAAUUAUUCAAAACCAAAGACAAGUCAGUUUUGGUAUUUGUCUAUCUAUUGGACACUUAUGUACGCGUAUUGUCCGAAGAGAAGAGCGCACCAAACUUUUCAGGUGAUCCCUCACUGCCUCAACUCUUAGCAGAUAUUCAGUCUCAAUGCAUACACUUCUCGUCUCUAUUGUUGACAAAUUCAUUGACAACACAUCCAUCGACGCCUCAAACCUAUACAUCAAUUUUGGCUCAAUCUUUAUUGGAUCAGUCGCUGCCAAACGGAUUCAUGUCAUCACUAGUUUGCAGUACUUAUACGACAAACAAACUUACAUUUAAAGCAAUUUUUAUUCCACUUUUGCAAUAUUUAUGGCAAGAAAUGCAAAACAUUUGCAGUUUAGCCAAUUCUGAAUCCACUUAUAAGCCCCCACUUCAGGCCUUAUACGAGUUGACUCUAAUCACUAUUAAUGGCAAAAAUGUUCGUCCAAUUUGUCAAUUGAUUACAGAACUCCAGAUCUGGUCACCGGAACCUCUAAGUGAUGCAAUCGGUAAAGAAUUUUCUCGAUUCUCAUUCUUGGCUCCAUUUCUACGACUUUCGGUGUUCGCUGAGGACGACAGCAAAGUUGUCGAUAAAUUCUUCGCGAACCCAAAAACAAGUGCUGAGAAUACAAAACAAAACAACGGAGAACUUCAACACCAAUUAGAGUACAUUAGGAAAGAGUUAUUGUUUCCCACAUUUCACGCACUAUUAGUUAACGCCAAUAGUCGUGAAAGUACUCUGAAGUACAUAAGCGAAGGCUUGCGUCGGAAUAAAGAGCGAUCGCAACUACAAUCAGACGAACGGCUCGUCUCAGGCGAUGGAUAUCUAUUCAAUUUAGUAUCUGUUCUUCAAUUUCUUUCGGUGAAAAUAAAACGCGAGAAAAUCGAGCCGUUAUAUCAGUUCCAUCCGAAGACUUUGGUUCUGCUUCGCAAAGACGAGUCAAGAAUUAAGUUCACGUCGACUGAAGCGGAAGAAUGGUUGUCGCGAUUGAACGCCAACGAAGAGCACGCCUGGUCUGAGGCCAACUUCAACUCCCAGUGCUUUUUCUUAGCCCUUCACUGCCAUCACAUAAGUGUCAUCCCGUGUCAGAGGAAAUACGUGCGAAGAAUUCGAGCCAUUCGUGAACUGACGCGAUAUAUCGAAGAACUGAAUCAAAGUUCUUCUUUGUUGCCAUAUUUGCCGCCGAAUCACGCGAACAAAAUCCGAAGACUGAGGGAACAGGUGUUGAAACUGACAAAAGCCAAGGCGUGCGCCGAAUGCGGUCUAAUUGAUGAGCGAUUUUUGGGCCGUUGUCUCGCGUUUUACAACCAAUUUAUUGGUCUCUUAUUGAAAUCAAUUGAUUGUGGAGACCACUCAACCAUAGUUCUACCGCUGCCUCAAAAUGUUCCCGAAAUGUUUGCCUCAUAUCCCGAGUGGUAUAUCGAAGACAUCGCAGAAUUCUUGCUGUUUGUGAUCCAAUACUGUCCGCAAAUUCUGGACUCACAUAAUAUCAAUUACGACGACCUUAACUCUCAAGACCUGAUUGUUUUCAUAAUUAUAAUGAUAUGUUCUCCGCAUUAUAUAUCAAACCCUUAUUUGACGGCAAAGUUCAUAGAAGUGAUGUUUGUGUCGAGUCCUAUACUACACAACUACACGCAAGAGUUUUACGUCCAGGUGUUGUCCCAUUCAUUAGCUGAGCUUCAUUUGGCGCGUUCUCUCAUGAAGUUCUACACAGAUAUCGAGUCGACCGGAGCCUCGAGUGAGUUCUACGACAAGUUCUCCAUCCGAUACCACAUUAGCAUUAUAUUCAAGUCGUUGUGGACGCACGCCAUCCAUAAGAUGGCCAUAAUUAAAGAGUCCAAUUCUGGCAAACAAUUCAUUAAAUUCAUUAAUAUGUUGAUGAAUGACACCACUUAUCUGUUGGAUGAGAGCCUUCAAAGUCUUAAACGCAUUCAUGAGGUGCAGGAAGAGAUGAGUGACGCCGACAAGUGGAACAAACAGACCCGCGAACACCAGACCGCACGGCAACGUUCGCUGGCCAAUGACGAGCGCCAGUGCCGUUCAUACUUGACUUUGGCCACAGAGACCGUUGAGAUGUUGCACUACUUGACUGAAUCAAUACGCGACCCAUUCAUGAAACCCGAAUUGGUGGACCGUUUGGCAGCGAUGUUGAACUCAAAUCUUGAGCAACUGUGUGGUACAAAGUGCAAAGAUCUGAAAGUAACAAAUCCUGAGAAGUAUGGUUGGGAUCCCAAACAUCUAUUGAAUCAGUUGACAGACAUCUAUAUUCAUCUGAACUGUGAUCAAUUUGCUCACGCCAUUGCUUCGGAUGAGCGCUCGUAUAAUAAGGCUCUGUUUGAAGACGCGCUGAUUCGUAUGGAAAGAGUGCUAAAUAAGGGUCAGCACAAAAUCGAUGAAUUUACAUGUUUAGCGCAAAACGUGGAAAAAAUCCUUGAAAGUAAACUCAAAUUCGAAAGCGAAGACUGGAGUGAAGUGCCCAAUGAAUACAAAGACCCUGUGAUGGACACCUUAAUGGAAGAUCCGGUCAUUUUGCCCACCAGUGGACAUAUUAUGGAUCGGAGUAUAAUUGCCAGACAUCUAUUGAACUCAAGUACGGAUCCGUUCAACAGACAGCAUCUAACCGAAGACAUGCUUACACCAGCGACUGAACUGAAAGACGAAAUUCAAAAGUGGAAGACCACUCGACUGGAGGCAACUGCAGCACAACCAGCACUUCAUGAUGACAAUCAAUGAUUUACUUCUAAAUGUUUUCUAUUGGUCUUAAGUUUAUUGUCUAAAAGUCAUUAGAAUUUAAUACAAUCAAUGAAAACCAAUUUUGCGAACAUUUACUGUUUUAAAACUUUAAACUCUACAGAGUUUUACAAAUAUACUAAUUAUUUAUAUUUAUAUAUCAAUAAAAUAUAGUUUAGUUUAACAGAAAUAA